CGGAUAACAAGAGUUCCGAGGCAUUCCAAGAUGGCGCUGCCCAUGUUGCGAGGGUAUUACAGGGUUCCGUCCCCGUUCAGCCUCGCUCGUCUGCUUAUACAUGAACGUGUCCUCCCGCUCUGCUCCGGGAACAAGAGGCCGCCUCCCCCCGCGGCUGCCGGGGCCCCACUGCGGGCCUACAGCUCGGACCGGGGCGGGGACAGGCAGAACCAGAAGGUGGUGGUGGUCGGGAUCCCCAACCCCCUCAUCUGGCUCCGCACCCGGGUCUACUACUUCCUGAUCCGGGCCUACUUUGACAAGGAGUUCCGCAUCGAGGAGUUCACGGAGGGAGCGAAGCAGGCUUUCUCCCACGUGUCCAGGCUCCUGUCCCGGUGUCAGUUCGAGGCUCUGGAGGGACUCGUGGCCGAAGACUUGAUUGGGAAGCUGAAGGAGAAGUGCAGCCUGCUCCCACUGAGCAGCCAGAAAGCCCUCUCUGCAGGUCCUGAUCAGAUCAUGUACACAACACCCGGAGACGUGGGGAUCCACUACGACGACAAUGGAAGGAAGUUUGUCAGUAUCCUGAUGCGCUUCUGGUACCUGACCAGCGCGCAGCUUCCUGAAGACACCAUGGAGGGAGCUCGUAUCUUCCAGGUGUCCAUUGGUGGAGAAGGAGAAGCAGAGACGAAAAGACUGCUCACUGCAAUUUAUGAAUUCCAAAGGGAGUUUACUAAAGGAGUUCCACCGGACUGGACCAUCACGAGGAUAGAGCACUCCAAGCUUUUGGAUUAAGCUGGUUUCGGUUCCGGGCAGAUGUUCCAGUGGAAACUAGUCAAAGACAAGAGAUUCUCCUCAGUAUUUAGUUUCUGAAAUUGAGAGAUGAGAUGAGCUCAAAUUACCAGAGAGGAACAUAAGACAUGGGAAGUCAGAGAAAAGCACCAGGACUUGGAUUCAGUCACUAUUCUCCAGGAGGCUCUCCACACCUGUCUGCAGUUUGUCAGUGUUUCUGAUUGUGUUCUCCACAAUCCCUUAUAUCCCAGAAACUAAUGACUAGAACUUGAUCCGAUCUGUGAGCUGUUGCUUUGGGAAUCUAAUCAUAGCCUUAUUUGAACUAUUGUACUAAUGCCAGAAGGACGGAGUUCCACAGGGAUGUCAGGUGAUCCCAAAAACCACAUCCUGAUUGGAACCUGGUGAGAUGACAUCUGGCCCCUCAUCUGUGUUUCUUCUCUUUAAUGUCUCCAGGUUCAUGUAUAUAGAGCCAGAUCCUCACAUGAUAUCUCAGGACACUUCUCACAUACAGCAGGUUCACACUGAGGAUUUCACAAUCUUACUAACAGACCCAGAAACUCUCACAAUGACCUGGCGACAACUAGCAAGAGAGAAAGUUCAGAGGCAGCGACCUCGAGCUGUCGAAGAUCUGCUGCUGCUGCAAACACUUUCAUUUCAAUACAUUAUAUAUGUACGAUUGUGUGUUUCAAUUUGUGUCCAAUGUUCCCAACACAAUAUUGUCUUGUGUUGUCUUUUUUCUGCUGUGUUCAGUGGACUGAGCUACAUCCAGUGUGUGUACUGCUUGUUGUCUGUAGUGGUUCAGGCAGCUGCAGAAAACCAUUGAUUUGUUUUAUUAAAGGUUUGAGGAAUGUAUGUUGUGUUACUGGAAACUGUGUGUAAUGCAGCUUUGUCUUUUUUGUCCUCCCUCACACGUACCUAGUGCUGGUUUAAAGAGGAAGACAGAACUCUGAGGUUUUCUGACUGGAGGAACCUGCUGAGGCAAUUAGAGCGACUGACGUUAUCAAAUCUGCAUAAUGUUCCGGAGGAAUUUAUUUCUCCGGUGGAAGGAAGUUUUCAUUUGGUUUGCAGCGACCUGUUGUAUCCCAGACACAGUCCUCUGCAAACCAUUCCACCUGAGAGUCCUCAUAAUAUCAUAUCAAAACAUGUUCAGAGUACCUUACACUGCUUUUUGUGGAAAGAUAUCCAUGUAUUUGACAAAGGUUGGAAGGAAGUCAAUUUGUGUCUUAGUGUGUUGUGACAUCAGAGUUGAAUUAAAGUCGCACAUUUUGACUUGACAGUUGAAUAAGAUGAGCAGAUUGAGACAUCAAGGUCUACUGCACUGUGCACAUUGUUCUAACUCAGUUGAAUUAUGUUUUAAAAAACAUUACAAUACACAUACGAUACAUUGUACUAGUUUUUAUUUUAAUUUGUGAAAUGGUGACAACAUAAAGUUAGAUAUAUGUUCAUAUAAUGAAAGACAUACAGACAAAACAUAAUCCAGUUAAAGUGACGUGUCUGAUAAUGUAGUGAUCGUGGGCGACGAUGGUGUGUUUGAUAUAGGCAUAAAUAUGAGUUAUUUGAUGUAUGUUAACAAAAAACAAAUAGAAUAAAAUGUAUUUGAUACAUACAUACAUAUACCCUAUAAUAUAUCUGAAUUUACCCUAUUAUAUGUAUAUUUUUCCAGACUAACAGAACAGAUUAC